UUCAUUGUAAAUGGGCCAUUUUAUGGAAAAUCAACGACAUAGCUACUAUAGCUAUAAUUAACCUAUAACUGCAUAUGCUGCUGUUAAAGAUACGCUGGAAAACCAUGAAAACAUUUCUAACACAAAUUACUAUAUUAUUGUUCAUCUUAGGAACAUCUACUAAAGCCCAGCAAUGUGGAGUGUCCAAUCUACCACCAUUCUCGGACCCUGGUGGAGGAGGGGGUGCUCCUAGGAUACAAUACAGACAGCAAGUGUUGAUCCCUAGCUACCAGUUCACCUGCUCUGGAGUGGUGACACAGUGGGGGGCGUACGUAGAGCCGGGGGGAGAUAGGGACAGAACGGUCUACAUCCCCACUUUUCAAGUGUGGAGACCGGACGGUAAUGGAAAUGGUGUCUACACAAUGGUGGGAGAAAAUGCCUACACGAGCCCAAUAACAGUUAUCGAUAGUAGACUACUAGUGAAUGCUCUACAACCAUUCAUUGAGUUUCAACCUGGCGAUGUCGUCGGGUAUUAUUUGGACAGUACAAGGGAAUCAGAUGAUCGAGGAGUGCAGCUAGAUGUUAGCAGUAGUAACCUGGAGGUGUACUACGGGCCACCUCAAGAGGGAAACACUUUUGAUACUAGAGCUGACGGUGUGGAGGUAGAGGAUAGAAGAGCUCCUAUUCUACUGGUGACAGUGAACUGCAUAUCAUGUUCACCUGGUGCUACUACAGCCUCAGGCAACACAGAGAGCAAUCAACUGGCCAGUGCUCUUGUACCAAGCCUACUACUAGUACUCCUUUUGGCAAUCAUUGCAGCACUUGUCCUUGUUAUCGUAAGAAAGAGGAAGAAAAGACGACAAGAAGAGCAUGGAGAAUUCGUACCCACACCGAAUGAAAUUAACGGCUCUUUACCUGGGGAUACGCCCACUACAGAUUACGGGGACACACCCACUACAGAUGACGGGAAUAUACAGGCGGCAAAUCCAUUAUUCUCUGAUCAAGAUGCUCACACAAAUGGAACUAUACCUCUGUGCUCCAAUAAUACGUAUGAUGUCAACCACUCUAACCCUCCGAACGACCAAAUCUCCCUCCACUCUAACGAUGCGUACGAUGUCAACUACUCUAACCCUCCGAACGACCAAAUCUCCCUCCACUCUAACGAUGCGUACGAUGUCAACUACUCUAACCCUCUGAACGACCAAAUCUCCCUCCACUCUAACAAUGCGUACGAAUUGAAGGAGGAAGCCGAGUACGAAGUGGUGAUGUAAAAGAAUACUUAGAAAAGUACAAGACUAGUAAAGUAGAGGAAAUGGAUUCCAGUAAUAAAGCUGUUCGUUGUGUGCAUGUGAUCUGUUUUGUGACAUGCAUAAUGUAUAAUGACUACUCAGAGGUUAAGGCUGUUUUUUUCUUGAAAUUGAAGAAAACGUGUACUACAAAAAACUACCAUUUUUUGUAAAAAUUCUCGUUAAUUACACAUUAUUUUUCAAAAUGUAUUGUAAACAUGAA